UGUAGUAUCCGCAAUUAACUUUAGUACUUAUGAAUUUAAAAUGAUUUUAGUUAUGGAUUUUACCAAAAAAUACUGUUGUGUCGAGCGGAAAAAAGGCGACAUUGCAGUUUACCCGACAAAGUACAUCUACUUCAAAGAUGAAAAUGGCUUUCAUUCGCUUCCAAUGGCUGCUGGUGAAGUUACGACUUUUUAUACGAUGGACAAUGCAAAAAAGCCUAUGGCUAAUGAAAGAUUAUUAAGAUGUGAUGAUGAUAAGGAUGCGUUAAUGAAAUCCGUUAACACGCCAAACAGAAUAAAAAUAAUAAAAAGUUUAUUCAUGGAAAAGCAACCAGAGAACGCGAAGCAAAAAAAACUAAGGAUAACUCGGGAUGAAAAAAUAAAAAUUAUAUUAAAAAAAGUAAGCACUUAA